AUGGUCAAGCUGCCUCCACCAUUCUAUAUUUUUGCGGUAGUGGUAUUGGCUUUUGGUGGCAUUCCAAAAGGUUACGACGAAGGUGGCUUCAGCGCUAGCGUAACUUUGCCUGCCUUCAAGAAUGACUACAACUUGAAUAGCACGGCUUGGAAGAACAACGCGACCGGACUUGCCAACCGCACCGCAAAUAUUAGCUCUUUUGGAGUCCUGGGUGCUGCAGUAGGUGCCCUAAUCGCAUACUUCCUAAACGACAAGAUCGGACGACUAUGGUCUUACCGUGUCGCGAUUGUGAUUUGGACCAGUGGGAUUUUGAUGCAGGUUUUCUCCUCUGGUAUCUUCGAAUUGUUGCUGUUUGCCAGGAUAUGGGGCGGACUCGGCGCGGGCGGUCUCACUGUCAUCUCACCGCUUUUCCUGUCGGAAAUCGCACCUACAAGAGUCCGAGGGAUGAUUGUCAGCAUGUACAUGGUCGUACUGUUGACUUUUCUGGCCUUAGGGUUCUUCAUCAACUAUGUUGUGAGCAAGACAAUGAGUACCUCCAGGUCGCAAUGGCAGAUCGUCCAGGGAAUUCCACUCGUUCCUAUGGGUUUUGCCUUCGUCAGCUCAUUCCUCAUCCCCGAAAGCCCCCGCUGGCUCGCCACCAAAGGCGCCAAUGAGGAGUGUCUCGUUGCUCUAGCUCGAUUUCGCGGAUUGCCGGAGGGUAGUGCAGAGUUGAUUGCGGAAUACGAAAGAGUCCAGAUCGAGGCCAAUACGCUGGUGGAGAUGAAGAGCCUAUCUUUGCUAGAGACUGCUAAAGAGUGUUUGGCCGAUUCGGACCUGCGUAGUCGGUAUCUCCUCGCCGUUUCAAUGCAUACUAUUGCACAAUGGACUGGAGGAAAUGGUAUUACGUAUUACAUCAGCGACAUUUUCCAGUACGCAGGUGUCAAAGGACCUCAGACAUCUUUAAUCACCUCGGGCGCUUAUGGCAUAGUCAAGCUGGUCGUCACAAUGAUCUUUGCCUGGGGCUUGAUUGACAAGCUUGGGCGAAGACGCUGUUUCACUGCGGGACUCAUCUUACAGGGCGUAACCCACAUUUACAUGGCCAUCUAUUUUGGGGCCAUUGGCCAGGGGAAUAAGCACGCGUCUGAUGCCGCUAUCGCCUGCGUGUUCAUCUAUGCCAUCGGCUGGUCGCUCGGGCUUUGCACAAUUCCGUACAUCUAUUGUUCUGAGAUCUUCCCAACAAAGGUACGUAGUUUUGGAUAUGCCACAACCAUGGGACUGCACUGGUUCUGGCAGUUCGCUGUAGUACGAGUGACCCCAGUCAUGUUGUCUGCCUUGAAUAAAUGGGGAGCGUAUACCUUCUGGGCUUCAAUUUGCGCGAUCGGUCUAGUUAUUUUGAGGCUGUGGGCACCAGAGACCAAAGGGGUACCACUGGAGCGCAUGCACGAGCUGUUUGAAAAGCCCUGGUACAAGUCCGGGGCAGCCAAGCUUGUAUACCUAGGGAACGCCAUAUGUGAGAGAAAGGAUGUCGAGAAGGUUUCGGUUGAGCACAAGGAGAUUAACGCUUGA